GGAACAAAGCACCUACAACCCGGACUCUGUGCGCUUCCUGUCUCGCCGCCCCUUCCACCCGUGCUAUCCCGGCCCGACCCGACCCAGGCCACCUUCACCCCCGGCCCGGCCCGACCCGACCCGGAGCAGACCCACCUGGGACCCGGAGCAGACCCACUUGGAACACUUACACCUGUCGUGACCCGGGACCAGACGGACGCACCUGCCGGGCCCUGCUCCUCCUAUGGCGAUGGAGCUGGAUAAAGCCGAGUUCCCGGGAUGGGAUCCGGGCGAGAGCGAUGAGACAGCGGCCCCCGACCCUGGACUGGCCCCCGUCCCCUCCCCCGACCCUAAAACAGCCCCCGUCCCUGGACUGGCCCCCGACCCUGGACUGGCCCCUGUCCCUGGAACAGCCCCCAUCCCUAAAACAGCCCCCGACCCUGGACCGGCCCCUGUCCCGGGACCGGCCCGCGACCCUGGAACUGUGCUGCCGAAGUCCAGGCUGAUAAGGUUCUUCGUGCUCCGGCCGGGAACGUUUGAGAACGCGUUGACCGACAUCAGAGCCCGGAUGGACCCACAGGUGGACGGUGAACUCCAGAGCAGCUGGCUCGUCACUGAGGUGGACCACUGGAACCAGGAGGGUGAGCGCAUAGCCGCCAUUACCGAGCGCAGCCUGCUCAUCUGCAAGUAUGACUUCAUGAUGCUGAGCCUACAAUCCUGCCGCCGCAUCCCUCUCAACUACAUCGACAGCCUGGUCCAUGGGACCCUCACCUUACCACCGCACUCCGUCAGCAGGAGAGAAGGCCAGGGGCUGCGCGUUCACUGGGACAAGCUACGAGAGGCUCCCUUCACCUCCCGCUGGAAUCCCUGGAGCAAUGACAUUCCAUACACAACCUUCAUUGAACACCCAGUCAAAGGGGCAACUGAGAUGUUCACCAGCAAGUGCCAGCUGGAAAUGUUUCAAGCUCAGCUUGCUGCUGCCGUCCAAAGGGCCUAUGGAGUGGACCCAGUUCCCGGCAGAGCCAAUGGGGCACUUAUCCUGAAUCGUCCCAUCGUCAUUGAUACCUACGUUGGGCUCAUCUCCCUCAUCAGCAAUCAAAACAAGCUUGGCUACUCAUUGGCCCGUGGCUCGGUGGGGUUCUAGGGCCAACAUCAUCUCCACCUGCUGCAACUUCUCCCAGUGUCCCUUCACUUGCACUGGAAUCAGUGUAUUGUCAUUAAUAAUCACAUACCACAGACCUUGAUCAGCCACAUGUAUACGUAAUCAAAGCAACUCACCAUCCUACAGGACACACAAAAAACUGCAGCUGCUGGAAUCCUGAGCAAAACACUACGUGCUGGAGGAACUCAGUGGGUUGGGCAGCAUCUCCCUCCACAGAUGCUGCCUGGCUCACUGAGUUAGUUCUUCCAGUGGUUUGUUUUUUAUACCAAACUACAGAUUUGUAACUGAACCUUGAAUCAGGCUAAACCCUGGGUGCCCAAACGGCAGGUAAGCAAAGAUAGACAAACGCAAAGUACAGACCAUCCACAGCUUGCUCUUGUGGUUCAACAAUCCAAGCCUUGAAUGUUGCGGCAAAUCAGACCUCCGAUAGGUCCACUCUGCAGUUCCCUAACUCAUAACGUUCGUUGCCAUUGCCACUGAUUGGAGGGGCCUGUGCCCACCAAGGCUGCAUGUGAGGGGGCAGCCAGUGGGGAACGUCCAGGGUUACUCUGUACCUUGCAGGAGCCCACUCCAGCAGCCCCAGGCACCUUGCCAUGUUGUCACCGGUGCAGGGGGAGUCCACUGGCCAAGGCCAGCCACACAUGAACACCCAGCGUUGGACAGUGUGGAUCAAACAACAGCAGCAGCAGCAGACCUCACUGAUAUUCAGUGACAGGUGUACUACACAAGUACCUAGAACAAUUCCAAAGAUACAUCCCCUUUGCCCCAAAUAAUUGCAGCUGUAGCCAGAUGUUUUCUGAUAAUUCAUCCCUGGGGACAAUCUGACCCCAUGGUGACCUUUUAACAAGCUGUUACAUUAGAGGGAUUUCUCAUAGUUCCUUAGUCUGGCUCCUACUUCUAAUAUGUGUGAUUGCUGUAACAUUUAUAUCAUUGUAAUUGUAUAUUGGUCAAAUAAAGCGUGUUUCUGCCUUUG